GGUGACAACCCAUAUAUACACGAGCUAUCAGUUGACGAAAAAAGUACUGUUCAAUAGUAUAACGUAUAUAAAUAGAGAGUCAAUGGGAAAGCCAUACGCUAUUGACUGACGCCAUGCGCUCAAUGGACUGACUGACUGUGCGUUUGUAUUGAAGUGUUUGUGUUAUAAUAUAUGCAGUGAUUUGGAGACCAAUAACGAGUCGUUACGUGUAUUACAUGAGUGCUUAAAGUCUAUGUCUAUGAUGUGAUGCCAUACCUAAUGUGUGACACAGACUAACACUUUUCAAAGACACAAAAACGACAUUUGGUUUCAAUUAUAACAAACUGUUCAUUGAUUUUAAGUCAUUCAGUGAUUUAUUUAAUUUAAUUGUCAUCAGUAGUCGGUUGAUACCAUAUUUUUAAGUGCCGAUCGGCUGCAGAACCACUGGCAGACAUGGAGUCGGCGCACGCAAAGACUUGGCAGGAAGUGGUCGACUACUUUCAGGCCGAUACAGACAAAGGCCUUUCACCGGAACAGGUCAAGAAAAACCAGGAAAAGUACGGUCCAAACGAAUUGCCCGCUGAAGAAGGCAAAACGAUUUGGCAGUUAGUGUUGGAACAGUUUGACGACCUCUUAGUUAAAAUUUUAUUAUUAGCCGCUAUUAUAUCAUUUAUAUUAGCCUUUUUUGAAGAAAAUGAAGACUCGGUAACGGCUUUUGUCGAGCCGUUCGUUAUUUUAUUGAUUCUCAUCGCUAACGCUGUGGUCGGUGUUUGGCAGGAACGAAACGCCGAGAGUGCUAUUGAAGCGCUUAAAGAGUAUGAACCAGAAAUGGGAAAAGUUAUCCGAAUGGACAAAGCAGGGGUUCAGAAGAUCAGAGCCAAAGAGAUAGUUCCCGGAGAUAUCGUUGAGAUUUCUGUCGGCGACAAAGUUCCCGCAGAUAUUCGUCUCAUUAAAGUUUUGUCGACAACUAUUCGAGUCGAUCAGUCAAUUCUCACCGGAGAAUCUGUUUCUGUCAUUAAGCACAAUGAAGUUAUUCCCGAUCCUCGAGCUGUCAAUCAGGACAAGAAAAAUAUACUGUUUUCGGGUACAAACAUUGCCGCCGGUAAAGCAAUGGGUGUUGUAAUUGGUACCGGUUUGGAGACAGCCAUCGGUAAAAUUAGGACAGAAAUGUCUGAAACUGAAGAAGUGAAAACACCUCUUCAACAGAAAUUAGAUGAAUUCGGUGAACAACUUUCUAAAGUUAUUUCAGUGAUUUGUGUGGCUGUUUGGGCCAUCAAUAUCGGUCAUUUCAAUGACCCCGCUCACGGCGGCUCUUGGCUUAAGGGCGCUAUCUAUUACUUUAAGAUUGCCGUAGCAUUGGCCGUGGCUGCCAUUCCCGAAGGUUUGCCGGCUGUUAUCACUACAUGUUUAGCGUUAGGUACUCGACGUAUGGCUAAAAAGAAUGCUAUCGUUCGUUCGCUACCAUCUGUUGAAACUCUUGGUUGCACUUCAGUCAUAUGUUCCGAUAAAACUGGAACUCUGACCACAAACCAGAUGUCCGUUAGUCGAUUCUUUGUUGUGAACAAUGUCGAUGGAAAUGACGUUGAAUUCCACGAGUUUGAAGUGACCGGAUCUACAUAUGAGCCAAUCGGUGAAGUAUUUUUGAAAGGAAAUAAAGUUAAAUGUUCAGAGUAUGAGACACUGUUCGAGUUAUCGACCAUCUGUUCCAUGUGUAACGAUUCGAGUAUCGACUUUAACGAGUAUAAGCAACUGUUCGAGAAAGUAGGCGAAGCCACUGAAACAGCUUUAGUUGUUUUGGCAGAGAAGAUGAAUCCGUGGAACUUUGAGAAACGUGGACUCAACAGACGUGAUGCCGCCAUUGUUGUCAACCAGAACAUCAAGAAUAUGUGGCGAAAGGAGUUUACUUUGGAGUUCUCUCGGGACAGGAAAUCAAUGAGUUCUUAUUGUGUGCCAAAACAGGCCGUUAAACUAGGAUCCGGACCCAAACUGUUUGUCAAAGGUGCACCAGAAGGUGUUUUGGAUCGUUGUACACAUGUGAGGAUCGGAGAUAAAAAGGUUCCCAUCACUUCAAACCUUAAGAACCGAAUUUUGGAUAUUACUCGACAUUACGGAACUGGUCGGGACACUCUCCGAUGCUUGGCUUUGGCCACUGUUGACAAUCCUCUUAGACCCGAUGAAAUGGAUUUAAUAGAUUCCACUAAAUUUGCCAAUUAUGAGGUUAAUAUGACAUUUGUCGGAGUUGUCGGUAUGUUGGAUCCGCCUCGUCGUGAAGUCUUCGACUCAAUCAAACAAUGUCGUGCCGCUGGUAUCCGAGUUAUUGUGAUCACUGGUGAUAACAAAAAUACUGCUGAAGCAAUUUGCAGACGAAUUGGUGUGUUCGGUGAAAAUGAGGACACAACUGGAAUGUCAUAUUCGGGCCGAGAGUUCGAUGAUUUACCGCUUCACGAACAAAGAAAUGCUAUCAGAAAAUCUCGACUGUUCUCACGUGUAGAGCCGGCUCACAAAAGUAAAAUUGUGGAGUUCUUGCAGGCGGACGGAGAGAUCUCAGCCAUGACUGGUGAUGGUGUGAAUGACGCACCCGCUCUCAAAAAGGCCGAAAUUGGUAUCGCUAUGGGUUCGGGAACUGCUGUCGCAAAGUCUGCCGCUGAGAUGGUUUUGGCUGACGACAACUUCUCAUCAAUUGUAUCAGCUGUUGAAGAGGGACGCGCUAUCUAUAACAAUAUGAAGCAAUUUAUUCGUUAUCUCAUCUCUUCAAACAUCGGCGAAGUCGUCAGUAUUUUCUUGACGGCAGCACUUGGUCUGCCAGAAGCCUUAAUUCCCGUCCAACUUCUUUGGGUUAAUCUUGUAACUGAUGGUCUGCCGGCUACUGCUCUUGGUUUCAAUCCACCAGAUCUUGAUAUUAUGGAACGUCCGCCCCGUAGAGCCAACGAACCACUAAUUACUGGAUGGCUUUUCUUCCGUUAUAUGGCUGUCGGAACUUAUGUGGGAGCGGCUACAGUGGGUGCAGCAGCCUGGUGGUUUAUGGUAGCACCCGAUGGACCUCAUCUUACAUAUUAUCAUCUGUCACAUCAUCUUUCAUGCAUUGGUGACGCAGAGAAUUUCAAAGGUGUUGACUGUAAUAUUUUCCACGACCCGCACCCCAUGACUAUGGCUCUGUCAGUUCUCGUAACCAUUGAAAUGUUGAACGCUUUGAACAGUUUGUCGGAGAACCAGUCAUUGUUAGCAAUGCCUCCGUGGACUAACAUCUGGUUGAUGUCAGCGAUGGCUCUUUCCAUGACUCUUCACUUUAUGAUUCUUUAUGUCGACAUUCUUUCGGUGGUAUUUUCUGUAUGUCCCCUAACGGUAAACGAAUGGUGGGCCGUAUUAAAGAUCUCAUUACCGGUCAUAUUAUUAGACGAGACAUUAAAAUAUGUGGCCCGGAAUUUCAUUGAUGCACCGAUUAAACGCUAAUACUUACUAAAAUGCCAUCCAAAAUAUCAAUUAACAAAUUGCAUGUAUUUUUUUGUGUGUAAAUUUCAUCGCAAGUCACUAAUCAUUUGCAUUUGCUCCGACGCCAAAAGCAAAUUAAAGCCCAUAUUAUAAGUUUAUAGAGGGCUUAUCGCACACCUGACAGCCCUCACACACACACAUAAAUACACAACUUCUCAAAUUUAGAUAAUAUUUAUAUUUUAAAUAAAUAUUUUAGGAAUAAAUUGUCUAAUAAUCGAGAUUCGCCUCAAUUAUAGUAUUAAAAAAACUACCGAAAAAUCGACACAACAUCUCAAGCCAUAAACCAUAGCAUACCAUACAAUACAAUACCAACUGACUGUUACCUUAAAAAUUUCAAAUUCUUGUUAAAGUAUUAUAAUGUAGUUUAUAUAUAUAUUUAUAUAUAAU